AUGUCGUCGUCGUCGGAUAAUUUCAACGCACGCAACCAGAGCUUCAAGCUCGACAAGCUGUUCGACGUCUCCAACAAGGUCGCCCUUGUGACCGGCGGCGGCAGCGGGAUCGGGCUGAUGAUCACGCAGGCGCUGGCCACCAACGGCGCCAAAGUGUACAUCUGCGGACGCACCGAGGAGAAGCUGGAGCGCGUGGCCGAGCUGUACGGCAAGGACAUCCCGGGCCAGAUCAUCCCGUUGACGGCGGACGUGUCGCAGAAGGACGACAUCAAGAAGCUGGUCAGCGAGAUCUCGUCCAAGGAGAAGUGUCUGUGCAUUCUGGUCAACAACGCCGGCAUCGCGCUCAACACGCAGCAGACCGAGGCGUCGUCCGCAGAGGAGAUGUCCAAGAACCUCUUCGACGACGAGAACGAGACAUUCGACAUGUGGACCGACACCUACCGCACCAACGUGCCGCAGCUGUUCUUCACGACGACGGCGUUCCUGCCCCUGCUGCAGGCGGCGCACCAGCACCACGACAACUUCUCGGGCACGGUGAUCAACAUCUCGAGCAUCUCGGGCAUCGUCAAGACGGCCCAGCACCAUUUCGCGUACAACGCGUCCAAGGCGGCCGCCAUCCACCUGACGCGCAUGCUGGCCAACGAGGUGGCGCAGAACGGGCUCAAGGUGCGCAUCAACAGCAUCGCGCCCGGCGUGUUCCCCAGCGAGAUGACGGCCCAGGAGAGCGGCGACGACCAGAAAUCCCACAUCCCCCGCGAAAAGUACGCCGACAAGGUCCCCGCCCGCCGCCCUGGCGAGGACCGCGACAUGGCCAACGCCGUCCUCUUCGCCGCCACCAACCAGUACCUCAACGGCCAGACCGUCGCCGUGGACGGUGGGUACAUCCUGAGUGCGGGAAGUGGGCCGUGA